CUUUCGUCAUUUUCAUUAAGGACAGUUUCGACAGAAUCAGUCAGGAAAAGUUUGCAUCUUUGUUUACUUGAGCUACAAUAUAUUUGUUUAAACUUCCUUAGCAAGAUUAAGUAACGACAUUGAUUGAUUUAUUGAUUGCAGCUUAAUUUCGUCUUCAUCUAGCAAGGGCACCGAGCGAAUUUUUAUCGGGACUCGAUUGCUGACUGUGCGGAAACAAAGUCAAGGUUGAUCGUUUCAACGUUCUAUCCAGCUCUGUGAGUCACCUGAUGUGGUGUUAGAAAAGUGGGAAUUCCUUGCAAAGUUGUCCUAGUGAUCGAUCGGCCUGUUUGAAAUCCAUUUAUCACCAACCGAGAAUGAACUAUGAUGUGCUGCUGAAUCGGACCGGAAUCAGUCGAUUGACUGUCGGUCAGCAGGCGAGAAGCGUUUCCGAAAGUGAAGGUCAACGACAACAACAACAUGAAGCAACUCCCAGCCGGAAGAUGCUAGUGGGAUCUAGCGCAUACUCAGGCCGGCUGGAUCUUGGCACUAGUCCUGAAAGUGCUCGCGGAACUCCGGUGCGAAACGCAUAUCCUACUGGCAGCAACACUGGCGAUGAGUUCAAGGGCAAAGUAGAAUCAAAACUGAUGACCAUGUGGAACAACGUGAAAUUUGGUUGGAGCGGUAAAUUGAAGACCAAUUUUUCGAAGGAACAACCGCUGUGGCUGUUGGGACGAUGUUACCAUCAGAAAUCCACCCCCGGCCCAUCGUCGAUGGAAAACUCCGUAGAACUGACCAGUGCCAGUUUGGAAACCAAUCACAUGGUUUUUGAACAGCAGCAGGUUCAGAUGAGACAGUCUCCUUCGGAAAUUUAUGUGGAAAGCCCUGCGGAAGAAACGGGGACCGAUGCCAUCGAAGAUAGCAGUCCGGAAGCGAUAGUGGAGGAAGAAGGCAUCGAGGCGUUCAAACGAGAUUUCAUAUCCCGCUUGUGGAUGACUUACAGGAAGGAGUUUCAAACGAUGGACGAUUCAAACUACACCUCCGAUUGUGGUUGGGGUUGCAUGAUCCGAUCAGGACAAAUGUUGUUGGCGCAAGGUUUAAUUACGCAUUUCUUAGGCCGCAGCUGGCGCUGGGAUUCGGUGGCUGAGCAGUUCAGAUUAAAUUACAACACUCACAGCUAUGAGGAUGGCAUUCAUCGUAAGAUUAUUCGAUGGUUUGGAGACACUUCAUCUAGGACUAGUCCAUUCUCCAUCCACACGCUGGUUUCUCUAGGGAAAGAAUCUGGCAAGAAACCUGGUGACUGGUACGGACCAGGGGCAGUUGCUCACCUCCUGAGACAAGCGGUUAGGUUAGCGGCACAAGAAAUAACCGAUUUGGAUGGAAUUCACGUAUAUGUAGCACAAGAUUGUGCCGUCUACAUCCAGGAUAUUCUGGACGAAUGUACGAUUUCAACUGCACCAUCCGUGGCACCAUGGCAAAAGAAAGUAGUCACAGGUAAUCAACAAAACGAUUCAGGAAAAGGUGGCGGCUCAUCUCCAGCCACCGUUUCGCCUUCACACGAAAAAAUUUCAGCCCUCGAUUCCGCAUCAGAAGCUAUUACCGGACACUGGAAAGCAUUAAUCUUGUUGGUACCUUUGCGACUAGGAACGGAAAAGUUGAAUCCCAUCUACGGCGAUUGUCUCAAGGCAAUGCUUAGUUUGGAUAACUGUAUCGGUAUAAUCGGAGGUCGACCAAAACAUUCACUUUAUUUUAUUGGAUAUCAAGAGGAUAAACUAAUCCAUUUGGAUCCGCAUUACUGCCAGGACAUGGUUGACGUACAGCAAGAAAAUUUCCCGGUGUCCACGUUCCAUUGCAAGUCCCCCCGAAAAAUGAAGAUGAGCAAAAUGGAUCCCAGCUGCUGCAUCGGGUUUUAUUGCGAGACGCGCAAAGAUUUUCUCAAAUUCGUCGACAACGUAAAACCGGUAAGUGUGAGGCUUUGAUACAGAUAGCUGUUGAACAAGUAGGGUUUUAUGUAUAUCUAAGCUGUUUCGUCCUUGCAGACCUUAACCUUUUUGUAACUUUUAUCAGGGUUUUGAAUAUUUUUUUCUUGUAAUUUCUUUAUUUGAAACGUCUCAUUCCUUGUAGCUUUAAGGGGCUCGCUAAACUCGUUUUGAUGUUUACGAUUGCUUACUUAGAUCUAGGUCAUCACUUUUCGGAGAGAAUAGGAAAUAGAUAGGAAAAUAAUAAAAUAAAAAGAAUUAGGUAUCGAUAGAUGAUGAUCAAAAGCUUUUAGGACAAGGCAGAUUUCGAACAUUUAAUCAAUGUCUUUCGCAGCUAGUACAUUUCUUACUGGGGGCAGGGUGGUUUUCCUCGGGCCCGAAGGGAAUCUAUGAAGUUAGCUCUGGCGACGUGGUCGGGUUCAAAAAUGGCGAAAUCGUUAAAAAUGGUCAAAUCAACCGUGUGCGACGUUUUCAUUUUUUUCCCUGAAAUGCAUACUAUCGAUCGGCGGUUCAUACCAAGCGUCAUAGUGGAACUAAGGAUCGGAAACUGCAUUUGAAGGUGUUGAGAACGAUCAAGGCAAACCCAGGGCAGUCGGACUAAGACAUCGCCAAAAAUUUCAAUGCCGACCGGUGCACCGUCAGAAGGAUUCAUCUGCGCGAAGGAAUACGAUCUUAUCGGGCCAGUAAGCAGCCAAACCGGACAUUGAAGCAGAUUGUAGUGGCCAAAGGAGGUGCUCGGCAGUUAUACAACAAGGUUCUAACGAAGUCCGACGGAGGCAUCCUCAUGGAUGACGAAACAUACGUAAAGAUGGAUUUUGGGCAGCUUCCAGGCCAACAAUUUUACAAAGCCACUGCACUGAACAAAAUCGGGCUAUAAGGUUUAUUUUUUUUCUUAUCAUAGGUUUGUUUAUUAAGGCAUUUUACUUAUAAAGCUUCAUUUUGCCGAGUGUAUCACUUUAUUAAUCUAUGUUAGUAGAAGGGGUAACCGUAAUA